CGCCCCCGCCAGCUCCUACCCAAGCCACGCGCGCGGCUGCCUCGGCGCGUUCCCAGACCCUUUCCCGGCCUCGCGCGCCCCCGCCCCCGCCCCGCGCGCCGCUCCCGGGUCCCCGCCCCGUCCGGCGUGCAGGGCUCUGGGUGUGGCCGCCGUCUCGUGUGGCAGAGCCUGUUCCCGGUUCGCUCCCCGCAGCCCAACGGCAAGCAGCAGCGCGGUGGUGGCAGCCCGGCUCCAGUUCUUCACGUGAGACUCCUGAGGAAAACAGUCACAAAGGAUGAGCGAACUGGAACAGCUGCGGCAGGAGGCUGAGCAGCUGCGGAAUCAGAUCCAGGAUGCCAGGAAGGCCUGCAAUGAUGCCACGCUGGUUCAGAUCACGGCUAAUAUGGACUCUGUGGGCCGAAUACAAAUGCGAACCAGGCGCACGCUCCGCGGCCACCUCGCUAAGAUCUACGCCAUGCACUGGGGCUAUGAUUCCAGGCUACUAGUCAGUGCGUCCCAAGAUGGAAAAUUAAUUAUUUGGGAUAGCUAUACGACAAAUAAGAUGCAUGCCAUUCCGCUGAGGUCCUCCUGGGUGAUGACGUGUGCCUAUGCCCCGUCUGGGAACUAUGUUGCCUGUGGAGGCUUGGACAACAUCUGCUCCAUAUACAACCUGAAAACUCGAGAAGGGAAUGUGCGGGUGAGCAGAGAACUGCCGGGGCACACAGGCUACUUGUCCUGCUGCCGAUUCUUGGACGAUGGACAAAUCAUUACAAGCUCAGGAGACACGACCUGUGCAUUGUGGGACAUUGAGACGGGGCAGCAGACUACAACCUUCGCAGGACACUCGGGUGAUGUGAUGAGUCUCUCACUGAGUCCUGACUUGAAGACCUUUGUUUCUGGUGCUUGUGACGCGUCUUCAAAACUAUGGGAUGUCCGAGAUGGGAUGUGUAGACAGUCUUUCACUGGACAUAUCUCAGACAUCAAUGCUGUCAGUUUCUUCCCAAGUGGAUAUGCCUUUGCCACUGGCUCUGAUGAUGCCACUUGCCGGCUCUUUGAUCUCCGUGCAGACCAAGAGCUGCUGCUGUAUUCUCAUGACAAUAUCAUCUGCGGCAUCACUUCUGUGGCCUUCUCAAAGAGUGGGCGCCUCCUGCUGGCCGGCUAUGAUGACUUUAACUGCAGUGUGUGGGAUGCGCUGAAAGGAGGUCGGGCAGGUGUCCUUGCUGGUCAUGACAACCGUGUUAGCUGCUUAGGUGUCACUGAUGACGGCAUGGCUGUGGCCACCGGCUCCUGGGACAGUUUUCUUAGAAUCUGGAAUUAACAGUGUCAUAUUUUCUGUUCUCCGAUGGUUAUUUGGAGAAAUCCAUGCUACAGCCUAUAGCUAUGAGAAAAACUCUACCUUCUAUUUGAGGAUGAAGAUGUUUCUAUUGAAAUGACUACACACAAAAAGAAGCUUUCAAUAAACUACAACCAAACGGUGUAAAAGAAACAAUCAAGAUUAAGGUCCCUUGCUGAGGUCGAAGGGCCGGGGUAUUAGCUGAGCAGUUGUGUUGACUUUAUCCCCAACAGACUCGCUUGUGCUGGUUUUCUGUAGAUUAGAAUAGGCACUCGUUAGCAGAUGACCAUUGUGUUUGCAUUUUGUCAGGGACUCCCCUUGAACUCUGUAUAUAUAAAGACGUCACAUUUUAAAGUGUUAUGGAAGAGCCAGGACUCAUGAUAGGCAGAAGUGAUAUUGUAGAUAUAUGUGCUGUCUGAAGGAGUCCCCUUAGGUUCUGACGUUGCAUUUUAGAGUCCCUGCCAGCUUCAUGACUAGGAGGCUGAUAGGUGAGGUGACUCUGAGGGGCAAGUGGCUGUUUCACGCAUUCUUUGCCAGCUAGGAAUCUAAGUAAGUUUUCCUUUUGAGUCUUUGCGGGGGCAGGGAAUGUGAAGGCCAGGGGGUAAAAAUUUCACUUUGACACAGGAACACAUUGAAGUGUCAUUACAGUUUAUUAUUAUAUUAAUAACCAGUAGAUACUGGCAUAUAAAUUUGGUAUUCUAAAAGGCUGAGCCCUUUGGACCUUUGGAUCUUGCUGUUAAUUUCACUUUCAGAAACCAAGUGUAUAGAAUAUACUAGUAUUUCCGGUUUGACAAAACCUGACUUGUCCCUGUAUCUGAAGACUUUUGCCCAGCAUUCUUUGUAAUAGGUAGGAAACUGUCUCACCUUUCACAUUCUUAAGAAACGUAAACUCAUCCACCCCACUGGCACUAACUUAUCUGUAGUAAGAUGGCUUCAUGAGUCCAGUGUCAUGUCCAGUCUGAAUUGGUCUAAGUGAUCUGCACCCUUGAACUUCUGCUUUCCCAAUGGUGGUGCUGCAGAAGGAAUCCAGGGCCUGGUGCCCGCCAGCAGCUGCUCUGCACCCCCAGCUCCUCUGAUGGAUGUGCUCUGCUGCCGUGUAGUGCUGUUCUCCAUAGCAUGACACACUUGUUUCCAAGUAGCUGACUGCAGGCUGUCUGGAGCUGAACCCUCGAGCCUAAAGCAUUGUUUCAGAGGGGUUCAGCUCGCAGCAAGCUGUCCAAUUACUCAGUAAAGUGUCUGUCUUGGGCUGUCCUGCCUCCAGACUGAACCAAGAUGCCUCUCCUCUUGUUUUCUCCUGCAGUUUAAAUGACUGACAAUAGUUAAGUCUUGCUGGGUGCUGCCUUCAGGGGUUACUUGGAUGUAUACAAACAUACUGUUUUGUAAGUCGGCAACAUGUAAGUUGCUGUUUAGCAGUUUCAUUGUUAAAGCUGAGCACCUGUAACUGUAACCUUAAUACUCCCAAACUGUUUCUGUGACUUUUCAUCCUUAUACUGUGAAGGUGCCUAUGUAUGUAUCCGCCGUGAUAAAAUCAGCAUCCCUGAUAUUAAGGUCAGUUGCUCUUAAGAGACUACAGUGGACAGAGCCUCCUCCCACACUUCAGGGCUGGACCUGAGUGGGGCAGAAAGGGAAUAAAAGCAGACACCCAGACACGGAAAGAUGGGGUCAUGUAGACAGGGCUCUCCUAUGGAGAAACUGCAGCUCCCAGGAGGGACUUUGUUACAUGGAGUAGCACAGAGUUGGUGCCUACUGUAUACAGAUGAACAAGGAGGCCGCCUUUAUGGUGUGCAGCUGGAUCAAGGAGACAAGGAUAGCUAAUCUCUGUAAGAGCAGCCUCUGCAGGGAAACAGUCUGGAGGCUGCAAACAUUGGGGGUAGGGAGGAGUGCUAUGGUGGACCUUUCUACAUAGUCCAUCAGCAUUCAUACUCAAGCUGGGAGGGCUUUGACGUUCUCGCACGGGUCUGAAGCAAGGGUCCUUGACACAGCAGGCCCCUGUUAACAGCACACCCGCACUCAGGGCUUCCUUUGCUCCCUUCAGGAUAGAGGUGAACGGAGAUACAGUACUGAAGAGAAAUAGACCACCAAUGGCAGGUGUGAAUGUGUACCUUAAUCCUUAGUUUCUGGGACGUCUUUGCUCUAUUUGUGAACUAGGGAAGGUCACUUCGUAAAACGUAGCUCUCUGAAAUAGGGCACAACUUACUUAAAAAUAGAGAAGCUGGACAGUGGUGGGAUGGAGUCUAGGCUUGCUUGGGCCUGUUGCCUGGAAAGCACUCUACCACUGGGCUACAUCUGCAGCCUGCCCCACCCACCCAAGCCAGAGGUGAAGCACUGAUGAAAUCACUCCCCGAAAAGGGUGUGUGUCUAAGUCUGCUGUGUGGCUCCGAAGUCAUCCCAAACUGCUCAAAACAGCACUUAUAAUAUGUAUUUUAAAAUGGGGCUAGUGGUUAAAACCUGGGGUAAAGUAUUUGAAGCACAAGGCCCUGGGUUCAGUCCUGAGCUGUGUGUGUCGGUCAAACGUCAUACUAAAGAAAUUCUAUGGCCCUAAAUGUUUUAAAGUGGAAUUUAGGGCUGAAGAGUUGGCUCAGCAGUUAAGAGCACUUGCUAUUCUUGCAGAGAAC